AUUUUCUCAACUGUCUGUUUGUUUGUGCUGGGUCUGUGUGUCCUGCAGGUACUUUUCUCACCAGCCGAGAUGGAGUUCGAAGCAGACAUCCCGGUGAAGGACUAUUUCAAGACCAUGGCUGACAUGAUGAUAUUCUGUGCAUCUCUGGCCGUCUCUUUGGCAUUCUGGGUCGUGUCUUUGGCGGCGAGCUCUUACCACGGCACUUUGCGGCCCGUAUCUCCGUGGCGCUGCCUAUUUUCGGUCCUUGUGCCAUUAAUUCUCACAAUCCGUGCGACGAGGAACAAGAGCUUGGACCGCAGCGGAGCAAUGGGAGGAAUGCUGGUAGGGUUCACUCUGUCCAUGGCCAACCUCAGCUUCUUCUCCGCCUUGCUUGCGUUUUUCAUGACGACCUACAAGCUAGCGAGGUGGAAGGCCGAAGUGAGCAAGCAAACGGACGCAGAACAUAAAGGGAGCCGGAUGGGGCUGCUGCAGGUGUUCUGCAUCGGGGGCAUCCCCACGGAGCUGGCCCUGUUCUACAUGAUCGAGACGGGCCCCAGGGAGGCCCCGCUGGAUUUCGUCGGGCAGUACACAGCCACCUGGAUCUGCCUGUCCCUGCUGGGGGCGCUGGCCUGCAGCGCGGGGAACGUCUGGGCCUCCGAGGUGGGGCCCGUCCUCAGCGCGACCCCGCCCCGCCUCAUCACCUCCUGGAAGGAGGUCCCUGUAGGUACGCAUGGGGGCGUCACGCCCGUGGGCCUUGCAGCCAGCUUCCUGGGCGGGAUGACGCUGGGCGUGGCUUACUUCGUCUCCCAGCUCCUAUUCGCCAGCGACCUGAACCUGGCCGCUCCUCAGUGGCCGGUCGUCAUGUACGGGGGUGUUGCCGGGCUCACGGGGUCCCUUCUGAGAUCCUACCUGGGGGCUCGAGCACAGUACUCAGGUUAUGACGUGAAGACUGGAGAGGUGGUGAGCUACGAGUCUCGCACCACAAAGAGGAUCAGCGGGAAGCCGAUUCUGGAAGACAACAGCGCCAGCCUCUUCUCUGCCAUCCUGAUCGCUUGGCUGUUGCCUGGCAUGGCGUGGGGCUUCUGGCCAGAGCUGUAGAAUAACCCCGCAGGUUAUCUGAUGUCUGACAGGUCUUACAGUGUUUUAUCGCAGGGGGUGUGUCUGGAUUAAAACAGCCUUGUAUAUCAGUUAUGCAAUUAUAAUGUUACAGGUUGCAAUGUUGUGCCUAUGAAGGCUUA